AUGGCAAGUGAUGCUCAGAGGGAGGGAGGGGGGUACAGAUCCCAUUUCUAAUCAUGGCCCAGCUCUCUUUUGCUGACAUAAUGCUGAAGGGCCUGUGCUAAAAGAAAAAACGUGGGGCCUUUCAGACCUUUGAAAAGAUGCUCUCUUUUGUGUAGGACCCUUCGCUUCUACGGCUGUUGCUGCUGGAUUCCCUCCCUUGUGCAGACACUGAUGUCCUCCCAGACUUGAUGCACCUGGUAGACCAAGCCUACCUCUCCAGGGAGCUGGGAGAGGAAGAGAUAAAGAUGCUGGCGGCAACCUACUGCGGUCUGGCUGCCCAUGUGAGUAUUAGGGAACACAUGACAUCACACACGGUGGAGGAGGAAUGCUUUGGAAGAGGAAGGGUAGUGUUUAGACUGGCAUGCAGUGGAGAUCUUCUGGCUUCAGGAGGGUGUUCCUCUGGAGCACCUUCUCUUGGAAGCCUGCCUGGAAAACACAGGGGGAGGAGGGUAGGGGGCUGAGCAGCCUCAAAACACCCCGGUGGGCAGGCGAAAGGAAACUGCUCUGAUGAGAAACACAAUCUCUGAUGUUUUCUGCCUAUAGGAGGAAGACUCUGUCCGAGCCUCAGCCAUCCAACAUCUGGGGCUGCUUCGGGGCUGGGUGAGAGACCAAAGGCUUCCCAUAACAACAACAGAAGAAGAAGCCAUUCAUGAACUGGUCGUCGUCCUCAUUCACCUCGAAGACGAGGAUGAGGUGGCCAAGGUGAGGGCCAAGGAGGUGGACUUACACAGUAGGAGGGAGGGAUUGUUCUCAGGAGCUUCCGAGAUUUCUUUUACGGCAAUUUGUAACCCUCUUCUCUUCUUGUGUUGCAGGCCGCAAGGAGGGCUCUUUCCCAUCUAGCCCCACAAGUCAAGUGGUGGGCGCAUCCCAACAAAUUUAGCCUCCACUUUGUUCUCCACCAGGCUGCCAAGCAUCUGGUAAGGUCCCUCUGCUUCGUUGGCAGCUUUGCCCAGGGAUGUCCUUGGGGGUGCAAGGCUCUCCUGCUGCACUCUCAAGCCUGUCUGAUGCCACUUCUCCUUUGUCUUUGCCAACAGAGCAAGAUCUUCAGCAAGAACAUCCUUCGGAGUGCUGCCUUGACAUGUACAAAGCCGUCUGCCAACAGGCUGCCAGCAGUCUCCAGGGUGGCAGCUCUGCUUCUGGGUAAGUCAAGUAACGUCCUUCCCUGGUAGGGAUGGACAGAAACGUCUUGGAAACAAUGGCAGGGAGGAUGGGCAUGUCCCCAGGCCGCUUGCUAGAUAGGGGUCCAUCUGCGCCCAGAUCUUGCUCUGACUGCUCCACGAGGGUGGAGGCCUCUAGACGCAUCAGAGCAUACCUGUCAAGCUGCCUCUGCCUCCACUGCUUUGCACCGAGAUGAUGUCCCUUUUCUUGCCCUGUCUCUCUAGGUCAUCUGGCUUUCCGGGGUGCCAGUUUCAUCCAGAGCCAAGACAUGGCAUCCUAUGGCACAUGUAAGUGAGAUGUACGGAGGCCAGGGAGGGAUGCUUCUGCUGAGAAAGGGCUUUAGGGGAAGGCAGAUUCCCAGAUGUCUGUGCAGACAGAGGUGCCACAAGAUGAACAUGCAAAGAGGAUUGGAAUGCCCUCUCUCACACACAAAUAUUCCCCUACCCCACACCCUGGUCCUGGGAGGAGCUCUGGUGGGGGUACUUUGCAAGUUUUUGCCUUGUGAAAAGCUGAUUCCUCUUCCUCAAGGGGAACCACCACUGCUUGUGUCCUGGUUGGGGUGGAUACCCUGUGGACUCCUGCAUCCCAACCUACAACCAGCGCACCUCCCCGGCCCGAUUGCUGGGGCCACCCGAUGGCUGUCUUAAUAUUUUUGAUAGAUGGCUCUUUUCCUAUGCAUCUCCACCUUGCUCAACCUUUCUCCCUUGCCACUCAGGGCUGGAAGAGAUGCAGCAGCAUGAGGAAGAAGGGCUCAGGAGGACAGGGAGGAGCUGCCUGAACAUCAUGCAGCGGGCCUGUAAACAUCGGCAGAAAGGCAGGGUCCAGCGCCUUGUGAGGAGGCUGCUCCACUGUGUUCACAGGGAACCUUACCCGCAGGACUUCCUGAGCUGCAUGCCAGGUGAAUGAGGCAUCUGGUGGGCUAUUUGGACAUCUGGUGGGCUGUUUGGAUGUGACGUUUCUCAAGGAGCCCCUUUUUCCUCCUGGCAGAACAUCCGCAGUAG